AUGAAGAAGAGCUAUGCUGAGGAUCCGUUUUAUAAGCGCUGGACGAAAUCAAAGUGGAUCCUGCUCCUCUCGACGAUCAUGCUACUCGGAUACUCGUGCGCGGUCUUUGCGGUCGCCAUUGGAUAUAUGACGCACAGUAUCAUAUUUUUAUUUUUAUUUUUAAACGCCAUAUUAGUCUCGCUCGCGGGAGGCCUUUUGGGCGUUAUCAGCGCGCUCAUAGGGCUUGUUGGGAUUUUCCGUGAGAACAGGCUAUGGCUUUCGAUCUACGCGCUUCUGUUGUGGCCCGUGUUCGCGUUGUACGUCUCCGUUGGGUACAUUGCCUUCCGACGAUCCAAGAACCACCUUCGUGCGCGUAUUAAGGACGAGUGGAUCCAUUCGUAUACGCGCGAGCAGCGUCUUGUUGUCCAGCGUCAGUUGAAGUGCUGUGGGUACCAGGAUCCAAAUUGGUACGGUGCCUACGACCUGCGAUGCUUCCCGCUGACGAAUCUGCCGGGUUGUCAUCACAAGUAUAGCGUGUAUGAGGAGAAACUGCUGUCGACGUGCACCACGGCCGCGUUCUCGCUCGUGCCUUUCCAGCUGUUGGUGAUGGUCGCAGCUCUGUUAUGCUCGAAUCAUGUCGAUGGCAUGUUGCGGUCCGGAAGGCCGGGUUUGAAGAGCUUUAAGGAGGAGAAGGAGAAUUAA